CUGUAUACAGACCAGGAAAGCCAACCAGUUACUCACAAAAUUGAGGGAUUAAUUACCUUCACCUGAAUCUAUUCAAGGUAGAGACACAGAAAUAAAUCAAGGACGUAUUUUAACAGAGAACAUACUUCACAUACUCCCAAGAUGAGUGAGCAAGAGGUCACUUAUUCAACUGUGAGAUUUUAUAAGUCUUCAGGGUUGCACAACCAAGUGAGAUCUGAGGAGACUCAAGGGCCCAGAGAAGCUAGACACAGAGAGUGCUCUGUCCCCUGGCAGCUCAUUGUGAUAGCACUUGGAAUCCUCUGUUCCCUUCUAAUGGUAACUGUUGCAGUGUUGGUGACAAACAUUUUGCAGUAUAGUCAAGAGAAUCAUGAACUGCAGAAAACUCUAAACCACCACCAUAAUUGCAGCAGCAUGCAAUGUGACAUCGACUUGAAGAAAGAAGUGUUAAGAAAUAAGUGUAUAGAGUGUAGUCUAGGCAAUGAUCUUCUGGAAUCCCUCAAUAGAGAACAGAACAGAUGGUACAGCGAGAUCAAGACUGUUUUAGAUUCCUCUCAGCACACAAUCAGCGGAGUUGAAAUAUACUGGUUUUGCUAUGGUAUAAAAUGCUAUUAUGUCACCAAGGACAGAAAAUCAUGGAGUGGAUGCAAACAGACAUGUCAGAAUUCCAAUUUAUGUCUUCUGAAGAUAGAUGAUGAGGAUGAGCUGAAGUUCCUUCAGAUCCAGGUUAUUCCAGACAGUUACUGGAUUGGAUUGAAAUAUGACAAUAUAAAAAGCAAAUGGGCAUGGUCUGACAAUGUCUCAUCCAAACUGAAAGUCAAUUUUACGUCUGGAGGAUGUGUAUUUUUAUCUAAAACAAGACUAGAAAAUACUAACUGUGAAAAUUGCUACCCCUGCAUUUGUGGAAAGAGACUGGAUAAAUUUCCAGGUUAAUUCUCCAACAAGAGUAAAAGAACAUAGUCUGCUGUGCAAACAGACAUGAAUCUGGAAUCUGACUUAAUAGAACAGAGACUACUUUCCUUCCUGUUGGAGACAGGAC